AUGAAUUUACUAAAAAUACUGGAUGCCAAGCCGGAGCCGACCAUUGCAGACGAGCACUUCAACGUGAACGAGGAGUACCAGCUGUCCAAUGACUACAAAAUACCGACCCCGAUGAGCGACUUCCAAAAAGAGCUCACAGACCAGAUCGUGUCCCUCCACUACAGUGACAUACUCAAAUUCUUUGAACGGGUCGAUGACACUCGAGAAAACGACCGCGUCGUGCUGGAUUCCUUGGAAACAAUGCUGCUGAAUACACAGCUGGUCUGCUCGCAUCCAUAUCUUCUGAUCGACCACUAUUUCCCCAAAAGUCUUACUGCAAGAGAUAUACCCAAACGACUCUCAGAGACGAGCUGCAAAUUCAAGAUCCUGAGCGAUCUGCUUAAUCUUCUAGAUGGCAUCUACAACGUAAAAGAGAAAUCUAGUUUUGACGUCGCUAUCAUUGCAAGACCGGGGAAGACACUGGAUUUGAUCGACGCGCUCUGUCUAGGCCACAAAUGCAAUUUUAAGCGGUACUCUGGAACAAAGCUCAAGGAAGUGUCCGGAUCAAACAGGAAACACGUCAAUCUCAAUGUGCAUUUGUUCCCCUCUGACAUGAAGAAUCUCACGGCCGAGCCAACCACCAGAAUGAAAAUCAUCAUCUCGUUCGAUAUCAGCUGCUCUCUGGACCACGACAAGGUUCUAAAACUCAGAAACCGAAGCACAAGAGUCUUGCGCUUGGUGCCGAUCAACUCGAUAGAACAUAUUGCGCUUUACUACCAUGAUUUAGUGGCCACCAGGAAUUACAACGACUAUUUGAAGCCGGUCACAGCAGCUUUGGUGGUUUUGAGAGACAGGGUGGGACAGCUGCCUUCGGAGCUGCGUCCCAUUUACAACAAGAACCUGGAGUUCCUUACUAACUGGCUGCGCGAUCCAGAGGUGAAUAGGUGGCCGCUUAUGGACAUGACGUCCAUCCCAAUGUAUACCGCCAGCGACGUCGAGAAGUCGCUUUUGACCGAAGUGAAGUUUAACUUCGAUAAUGAUGACUUUCUGAAAGAAGAGGAAACUAAAGACAACGAUCUGAAUUUGAACUUCAACUUUAACGGGAAGACACAGAUGAUAGGACACAUCAUCCAGCCUCGAUUCAAAAGCAAGAACAACAAGAAAACGGACUUUUACGAGUCGAAACGUCUGGAGAAGAAGUAUCUCUCAAAUGAGCUCAACGCAGACAAUAAGCGAGUUACUGGCAUAUCAAAGGAAAUUGCAAUGGACCAGAUAUUGACCCAUACGCUGAUGUCUCAGUUCAACCAGAAACUCGAGGACUUUAUCUUGCUCAACAAAGAACUCGAGUCAUUUGAUCGCUUUUAUGAUGCCCACAACAACGGGAUGCGAGAGAUUUUGUCGACGAAUCAGCAAAUAACGACUGACUUAGCGGCACAGGAACGGCUGAGCAACGAGUGCAGCCAGAAGGUUACUGAGUUGAACGAGCAGAUCAGCAAAUUGAAAGAUUCAGUCAUAGAAAAGCAAACCGAAAUUGACAAAAUCAUAUCGGAAGAACUCCCAAAGGCAGAAGGUGCACAAAAGUGGCUGAUGGCUGAUAUACAGAUUCAACGCCUGAAGGAGGAGAUAGAAAAAGUGCGCUCGAAGGUUGAUUCCGCUGGCUCCGAACGCAAGUAUAUGCUUAUUGAGCGCGAUCGAGCAACACAGUCGAUGGAAGAUUCUGUGCGGGAGACGGAGGAGAAACAGAAACAGAUAGACGAGCUGAGGCAGAAAAUAGAGGCUCUCAAAUUAGAAAGCGACGACGAUAAGUUGCAGGAACUGGAAGAGUCAAGAAAUGUCUACGAAAAGACGCUGGAGACUAACGAGAACCUGAAGGCAGCGAUGGAGACCGCAUUCCGAAAAGUGACCGACUCUGAGAGCAGGUCGCGCUAUGUAAACUACUCUAGAAACGGGCUGCUUUCCAAGCGAAAUGCCAGUCCCACUGUGUAA